UUGUACUUCAGCAACCAUAGCCACGAAGAAGAGUGUCAGAAUUGUUUCUUUAGCGUCCCACUCCCAACAAAAUUAUCCUCAUUAAACUGGCUUCUCUAAGCAGACUGCAGCCAUUUUAAAGCUUUAAACGCUAUGGACGAAACGGCUUUAGAUCCUACUGCAGGGGAUGAUGGGUCAGAGGCAGCGGCCGGUGCUUCGUCAUGUUUGGGAGCCACCAGAGGAUCAUCUCGUUCCCGUUUGGACUCACAGCUCCAGGAUGCCAUUCGGUUAAAGACAGAGGGGAAUGGAUUCUACCGGGAGAAAAAUGUGCGAGCUGCCAUCGGACGUUAUCAUCGUGCCUUGCUCGUUCUCCGUGGCCUGGACUCAGAGGUGAACUCUGUCCUGCAAGGGUUUGGGGCUCAGGUGCCUAAACUGAGCCAGGAGCAGGAGGACCUGCUGAGGAGCACUCAAGUAGACUGCUAUAAUAAUUUAGCAGCAUGUUUGCUGCAGCGAGAGGUGGUGGACUACACCCGUGUGCUAGAGUACAGUCUGAAAGUGCUCCAUUGGAGGGCAGGGGACAUUAAGGCCCUGUACAGAGCUGGAGUGGCUUCAUUAGAACUGGGUGAUGCUCCGGCUGCUCGACAGUACCUCAUACAGGCCAGCAGAGGGAAACCGAACGAUGCCGAUGUAAAGAAACAGCUGCAGCGAGUGGAGGAGAGACUCAGCCAAGACUACCAGAAAGAGAAGGCACUGUACAAAGGCAUGUUCAGCAAACAGAAACAAGGCGAGGAGCAGUUAGCAGAGGAGAAGACACAGAAACUGGCCUAAAUGGACUAAUACAUGACUCAGCAGGAACAUACGUCAAGUUAAAUGAACUUCGAGUUGGCCGCAUCCUGAAGGAAGUGGGAUGUUUUGCCUCAGGGCAUGGAUAAUUUGCUGCAUAUGGCAUUUACUGGUGUUGAAGGUCCCAUGGCAGGAUUAAACGUGUGACUGAAAUCUGGUGCAAUGUGGCAGCUUGAAAGAUCAUUUUAAUGCACUUCAAAUGCAUUGUAGUCUGGUAUUGUAUGGCUAAUGUGCUGUCAAGCUGCUUCUGUGAUGCAUUCAGUUUCUUCCAGCUGUAGUGUGUUAUUUCUGUUCUUUUCAUUUUUCAGAUGAAAGUUGUCUUGUUUUUUGUUUGUUCAUCCUAAUAAAUAUUUUUGAAAGAA